CGUUGAGAAGCAGCAGUGCGGCGCUUUGUGUAAAAAAGGAGAGAAAAACAGAAAAGAAAAGAAUGGAGGAGGAAAAAGGAACGUUUAGUGAACGUGUGAAUGAACUGGAGAUCAAAGUGGAAGUAAGUGAUCAUCUGCUUGAGGAGGAAAGAAAGAUCUUCAACAAGACCACAAGAAAGAUAGAGAAGGCAUGGCAGAACAUCGGGAUGCAGAAAGCAGAAAUUGAAGCACAAAAAGAGGAAUUUGAGAAAGAAAAAGAGAAAAAUGCAUUGAUUCAGGCCUACAGAGAGAGACUGGCUGAAAAACAACUCAAAAGGCUGAAAGGGAAAAUGGACAGCCAGGAGAACGUGAGAAGGAUGGUGGUAGAUCAGGAGUGGAGGAAUAUUGAGGAAGAGAAAAGAAAGAUUGAGGAGGCGCGGAACACCAUUAAAAGAAAUAAAAAGGUGUCUGAGAAAGAGAUAAGGAAGCAGAGGAAGAAGGCUGAGAGAGAGGAGAAUGAAAGAAAACAGGAUACAAUGACUAAAGAUGAUAUUCUGGCCCUAGUGAGAGAAGAGAUACUCUGGCAGAAAGAGAAAGAGGUGAGAGAGGAGAGAAAGAGAGAGGAGAGGAAGGCUGCAAAGCUGAAAAAGGAGAUCAUGGAGCAAGUCAGAGCAGAGAUAGAGAGAGAAGUGGGCAGAAGACAGGAAGAGAGAGAGAGAGAGGAGAAAAAGAGGAGAAAGAAGCAGAGGAGAGUGGAGAUGGAGAAAGCCCGGAGAUUGAUGGAUGAAGAGAGGGAAUCAAUAAUGAGGCAGAUAGAAACUGAAAGGAUGCAACGAUUUAGCCUGAAUGAUAAUAUCCUACAGCGGAUCACCAAGAGACUCAGGAAGGUCUGUUCUGGGAUCUGUUCAAGGAUCUGUCCUGGCUUUUCAGAGAUCUGUUCAAGGAUCUUUGCUGAUUCUUCAGAGAUCUGUUCAAGGAUAUGGUCAAGGAUCUGCUCCUCAGAGAUAUUUUCAAGGAUCUGCUCCUCAGAGAUAUUUUCAAGGAUCUGCUCUUGCUCUGAAGAGAUGUCUUCAAGGAUCCGCUCUUGCUCCUCAGAGAUAUUUUCAAGGAUCUGCUCCUCAGAGAUAUUUUCAAGGCUCUGUUCUUGCUCUUCAGAGAUGUUUUCAAGGAUCCGCUCUUGCUCUUCAGAGAUAUUUUCAAGGAUCUGCUCCUCAGAGAUAUUUUCAAGGCUCUGCUCUUGCUCUUCAGAGAUGUUUUCAAGGAUCCGCUCUUGCUCUUCAGAGAUGUUUUCAAGGAUCCGCUCUUGCUCUGAAGAGAUGUUUUCAAGGAUCCACUCUUGCUCUGAAGCAAUGUUUUCAGGGAUCCACUGUUGCUCUGAAGAGAUGUUUUCAGGGAUCCGCUCUUCAGAGGUGUUUUCAAGGAUCUGCUCUUGCUCUGAAGAGUUGUCUUCAAGGAUCUGCUCGUGCACUGAAGAGAUGUUUUCAGGGAUCCGUUCUUGCUGUGAAGAGAUGUCUUCAAGGAUCUGCUCUUGCUGGGAAGAGAUCUUUUCAAGGAUCUGCUCCUGUUUUUAUGAUCUGGAAGCAAGGUUCUCUUUGUAGAAGAGAUCUUCAGGGUUCCCCUGCUGGAGAGUCUAUGUAUGAGGUAACCUAAAACGAAUUUGUCAUAAAUGUAGUGCUUGUUACAAAAUACAAGUAACAGGUGUAACAAAUGUUACUACAAAAACUUUUCAGGUAGUAUAUAGAUAAGUACUGUUUUCACAAAUACGGCUCCAGGCUUCACUUCGACGUUCGUCUAACAGUUAAACAAAUGAUGAUGGUCGCCUCCAGAAUUAUCGAGAUAAACAAUAUCACUGAGAUUCAAAUUGGGUCACAAAAAAGUACCACAUGUGAACAUUACAGAGUCUUACUCUACAGCUUGAAUUUUGUAGAUGGUAAUAUAAUCAGAGUAUAAUCACAGGCUGGACUAGCUUCUUGUUCGGAAAUCAAAAUAUUGCCAACCUUGUAUGUCUUUUGGACAAGGUUUUCAAUUUUCCUCUUUAUUAGAGAGCGGUUUUCUUCUACUUUAGACUCUUUAUUUAAAUUGCAUUUUUCCAGCAUGAAAAUCUGUCAGAUUCUUUCCAAAUGCUACUUUUGUAAAGCCUAUAAUUAAAUGCAGUCUUUUCUAUUGUAGUCAUUUUUAAACUAGCAUAGAUUAGGAUGAUUGAACAGAGGGAAGAGUUAAAUAAAGUCAUAGAAAUAAAAUCCUGUGAAAGAAAAUGAAAGAAUGAUAAUUUGCAUAAUAUGUAAAUGAUUGCGAUAUUCAACAUCGAUUGUUAGAAUGCUCUGUAUUCUGAAUACAUAUGACAAUAAAUCUAACCUGAUAUUCAACAUUCAGACAGUCUAAUGUAAUGUAAUGCUUUGUUGCAGUGCUGAAAGAAGAGUUGGAGAGACACAGAUGAAGAAGGAGCAGAUGAGGGAGGAGCAGAGAGCACCGAGAGGAGAACAAGAAAGCCAAGAGUUUGAUGGAGUGAGAGAGGGAAGAGAGCAAUGUAGAGGAGAAGGAGGUGAGAAGACGGUUGAGAGAGCAAAGUGAGAGAGAGUGAGGGAUCUUUAAUGAUCCAGAUAGAGGCUGAUAGGAUGCAAAGGCAUAACCUGCUGUAUUAUUGAUCACAGAGAAACAGCCUGAAUGAUAAUGAUAAUAAUCCUACAGCAGAUCUUGAAGAAACUGAGGAAGAUCUGUUCAAGUAUCUGUUCGAGGGUCUCUUCUUGGUCUUGUUGUGUUAAAGUCCUGCAUAAUUGGGGUUUUAACCUUAACUAGUUAUCAGGCUACCUUAAUAGUUUGAGUUCACUGAACUUUGAAUAGUAAAUUAACUGAAUCUGCUUCAUGCUCUGUCAACAUAUUGUUUGAAGUUCAAAAACAAAUUUUAUGGUAGCCUGGUAACUAACCACAUUUUUUUUAAAUGUAAAUGUUAUAUGACUGUAUUAUUGAUAGAGCUAGUACCUCUAUUUUAAUUCAGAUUUCCGUUCCUUUUCCUCCUCAACAUUAUUUCAGUUAAAGCAAAUCAGUCAGGUGUAGCUCAGAAAUAUGACAACAUUUAGAAAAUAUUUUUAAUGAAAUGACACAAAUGUGUACAAUAAAUAACCUGCAACUUUAUCUUAUUUAUUGAAGGUCUGCAUAAGCCCAGCUGAUAAGAAGAGACAAAAUGAAGAAAUGAGUUCCUCUUUCAGGAAGAACAGCACCAGUGAGAGAAAACAAAGGAAAACAGUUUCAGAAAUGUACUUGUGCAAGAUUUUGAGCUGAGAAAGAGGAAGAAUGAAGAAAAGCCUACAUAGGAGAAAGGAAUGAAAGAAACUUGAAGACAAGAAGCACCAAAAACAGAAGACCUAAGAAUCACACAUAGUAUUUGAACAACUUAAAGAACCUAAAUUAAAACACACACACACACAGACGCACACACACACACACACACUCAUACACACUCUCUCACACACACACAUACGCACACACACAUGCGGCCAAAUGCACUUUAAAAAUAUUUAAUAAACAUUUAAAAAAGAUAUUUUGUUAUAUAUAUAUUAUUAUGUUUUACUCACAUUACAUUUACUGAAGCUUUCAUGAUUGAUAGAAAGUCUCUACAAAUAACAAAAUCUACUGAUACAUGAACUAUUCUUAUAGCAUUCAUGAACUGCCCAGCAACAUUACAAUAAAUGACAGUAUUAAUAAUGUAGGUGGCAGUUUGAGCUUUUUAGUUGCCAUUUUUAAAAAUGUGGCAUCUCUACAUUAGGUCUUUUUCCUUUUCAUUUAAACCCAUUAUAAGAAAACAAGCUUAAAGUGGCUUAAUGUACGAAUGCAACAACGUAGGAACAUCAAACCUCUCUCACCUACUGCUGGUCGUAAG